GCGGUUGGCGGCUCGUCUCCCGUUGGCGUCGCUCUCGUCCUUCUCUACCUCGUUCACCAUGUCGGGUCGCGGCAAGACCGGCGGCAAGGCCCGCGCCAAGGCCAAGUCGCGCUCCUCGCGCGCCGGCCUCCAGUUCCCGGUCGGCCGCGUGCACCGGCUGCUGCGGAAAGGCCACUACGCGGAGCGCGUGGGCGCGGGCGCGCCGGUGUACCUGGCGGCGGUGCUCGAGUACCUGACGGCCGAGAUCCUGGAGCUGGCGGGCAACGCGGCCCGCGACAACAAGAAGACGCGCAUCAUCCCGCGCCACCUGCAGCUGGCCAUCCGCAACGACGAGGAGCUCAACAAGCUGCUGGGCGGCGUGACGAUCGCGCAGGGCGGCGUCCUGCCCAACAUCCAGGCCGUGCUACUGCCCAAGAAGACCAGCGCCACCGUGGGGCCCAAGGCGCCGGCGGGCGGCAAGAAGGCCACCCAGGCCUCUCAGGAGUACUGAGCGGGAGCCCGCCCGCGCCGCCGCGGCCCCCCAGCCCUCCCCACACCUCCACAACGGCCCUUUUAAGGGCCACCUCACCCCUCACGGAGAGAGCUGAGCCACCUCGGGCUGCGAGCCGCCC